CCUCCCUUUCCUCCAUGUCGACCAUGUUCCGGUUCCCAUCGCCAUCCCCGCAGAAAUCCCGCGGAUUAACUUUUCGGCUCCGGGGAGCCCUAAUCAUGUUUUUUUUCAGCGCCGGGCGGCCCCGUUCCUGCGGUUAUGCCCGGCCUCCUCCUGUCCUGGGGCUUGGGCACCGUACGCAACGGCACGGUCUCUGCCGCUGGCGGCCGGCGGCUACCCGGCAGUUGCCGUUUCAGUUUAUCGUCGCGGCGUUGAUUAAUGCGCUCCUGGCCGUUCGCCGGCGAACCACCGGUCGCGGGCGGGCGGGCGGGCGUGCGGACCUGCGGGGCAGGCUCAACGGAACGCCGCCUUUUCCGGUGUUUUAUGCUGUUGUUAAUGCCCAGUGCCGUGUAAAGGCCGUCCUUUCCCCCACCUCGAUUUCAUUGCCUGCAUUGCAUCGCUCUGCCGCGUUUGACUGCUCAUCUAGCAGCCUUUAUUUCGCCCCCUCCCUGCUUACCGUUUCUCUGGUGUGCACUUCCCUUGAGAGCGCUCCCGUUCGUGGGAGUCGCCGGCGGAUUCCCACCGGAUUUGAUGCGCGCAUCUUCAAAUUCGCGGCCUUUUUUUUUUGCUGCCUCGCAAAAGCUGCUGCGUCUUAGCUUUUCCGGCUUCUUAAUUUGGACGAUGUGUACGGAUCACUGUCGGCCCUAAUUAUUUCCACAGUUUUUUAACCCGCGGGCUGUUUUAUAUGUGUUUCUUUUUGAAUUGCUCGAUCCCUUCUGGCGCUCUUCAUCUUCUUCCGUGGAAUGGAUUUUUCCUUUGCUCGGCCUUGCCCUUUGCUGCCUCAGGUCCCGUCUGUUUUGCUCUAACGCAGCAUCUGGUUGCAGCAGCACACCACACCCCUUCUGUUGUUUUGGAAUAACUGGAAGCCUUUCGGGUUUGGAAUUUGGCACCUAGCCUGAAUGCCACCGAAACCAUUUUGGAGAUGAGUGGGAUUCAUUAAGUGAUCCCUGGCAAAUGAUUGAGCAAGCAGUGACAACUUGUACUUAGCAAAGUAGGUUUUAUGCUUCAAGGAUAGUAAAUUGCCAAGGCUGUUGUAAUGGGGGUCAACGGUCAUCACGAACCUCGCAGAGGAUGUAAUGGCACCGUCUGCAAUGGUAGUGUAAGAUCACUAGAUCAUUUUGGUGAUGUAGAUCCAUGGACGGCAUGGGCAUACAAGCCUCGAACGAUCUCGCUCUUGCUGAUGGGAACAUGCUUUUUAAUUUGGGCAAGUGGUGCUCUCGAUCCAGAACGGAGCUCAUCUGCUGAUCGUGUUUCGUCAGUCAAGAGGGGUGUAUUUGCGAUGAUUGCUGUUUUUUUGGCUUACUCUUUUCUUCAGGCGCCUUCAACUGUACUCAUUAGACCACAUCCUGCCAUUUGGAGGCUAGUUCAUGGGAUGGCAGUUGUUUACCUUGUCGCCCUCACUUUCUUGCUUUUCCAGACUCGUGAUGAUGCUAGGCAAUUCAUGAAGUAUCUUCAUCCUGAUCUUGGUGUCGAAUUACCUGAAAGAUCAUAUGGAACUGAUUGCCGCAUAUAUGUACCUGACCAUCCGAAAAGCAGGUUUAACAAUGUUUAUGAGAUAAUUUUUGAUGAGUUUGUUAUCGCUCAUAUCCUCGGAUGGUGGGGUAAGGCUAUAAUGAUACGAAACCAACCACUUUUGUGGGUGUUAUCAAUUGGGUUUGAAUUAAUGGAGCUCACUUUUCGCCAUAUGUUGCCAAAUUUCAACGAGUGCUGGUGGGACAGCAUUGUCCUAGACAUAUUGAUCUGCAAUUGGUUUGGUAUUUGGACUGGAAUGAGAACUGUGCGGUACUUCGAUGGGAGGACAUACGAAUGGGUUGGUUUGAGCCGCCAACCCAACAUUAUCAGUAAGGUAAAAAGGAUGCUGGGACAGUUCACACCAGCGCAGUGGGACAAGGAUGAGUGGCACCCUACGCGGGGUCCUUGGAGAUUCAUCCAGGUGCUGAGCCUCUGCGUUGUUUUCAUGGCUGUCGAGCUGAACACAUUCUUCCUCAAGUUCUGCCUGUGGAUCCCUCCGCGGAACCCCUUGAUUGUCUAUCGGCUGGUCCUUUGGUGGUUAAUCGCGAUACCAACCAUCCGCGAGUACAAUACCUACUUGCAAGACAGCAAACCAUUUAAAAAGGUGGGAUCCUUCUGCUGGCUUUCCCUGGCUAUAUGCAUUGUGGAGCUCCUAAUCUGCAUCAAGUUUGGACACGGUCUGUUUCCAAAGUCAAUGCCUUCGUGGCUGAUCACAUUCUGGUCAGCAGUCGCCUUGCUUCUCGUGCUCUUUGUGUGGACGUGGAAAUACCGAACAAUGAAAAGGAAAAUGAUAUAAUUGUGACCAAAAAAAUGAUUUGUUUGCCUCCAUUCUUUACCCGAUUUAGUGUUAUCGUGUACAUAAAAAUUUAUUCAAAUUGUGUACAUGUGCUAGCAGUCAAGUCUUGGUGAUCUGAAGAGGAUUAUCCAUGAGAAAUUUCUAUGCCUUCUUUGUCUUUGUAUUUUCCGUCAGCGAAGUAGGAUACUGGUUCCCCUUUGGCCCUUUAAUUCGUCUGUAUUGCCGCGUACUACUUCGUUGGCCGUCUCUUAAAUGUGGAGAACCCUUGAUGCAACAACCUAUGAAAUAAUGGGAUUCGAAUCCCAAACUGUUGAA